AUGAGUCAUCCAGCUAAUUCCAGCUCCAGGAAACCUGCAGUAUGGGAUUGUCCAGCUGCCCUCAGAGCCAUAAUCGUGGUUACAAUGGUCGUCGUCAUCGCCCUAGUAGCAGCUUUGAUAGUGGUAACAUCUAAGCAGCCUCCUCCAUGCCCCCCUGCUGCCCCCUGGUGCCCGGACGGCUGGAUCCGGAUCCAAGGGAAAUGUUACUAUUUUUCUAAGGCUGAGGAGAACUGGACCUACAGCCAGAGCUUCUGCUCGUCACACGCUGCCUCCCUUGCCGGGAUUGAGAGUCCGCAGGAGCUGGAUUCCCUGCUGCCAUACAGAGGCAAACUGGACCACUGGAUCGGCCUCUGGAAGGACACGGGCCAGGUCUGGAAAUGGGCCAACGGGACCAAGUUUGACCAUCGGUUUGAAAUAGACAGCGGAGCAGACUGUGCGUACUUGGAUGAAGAUAUCACUGUGAUCAGCUCAAGCUGCAGCACACCAAGAAAAUGGAUCUGCAGUAAACCUGAUACCCCUGGGAAGGGAGAGGAGCGAGCGGUGGGAGGGGAUUCCUGAACUCAAGAGAAUCGCAGACUAGCUGUGACAAAGCCUGGUUCUGGUCCCCUCCAUGCUGCAGCCUGGUUCCUUGUUUCUUAGUCUGCCUCCAGGAUUUUAUCCAGUCCUAGUUGUCAAUUACCCUAAUGCUGCCGUUUGUGACCCUUCUCUCGGGGAGGCUGUCACAGUUUCAGUGUGAAUACAGCUGUGAUCACCUUCCCCCAUGGAGCAGAACACAAGCAGAGAGAAGCCAUUCAUACAUUUAACACACUGGUCCCCAAAGAGACUGCGGGGGGUUGCAAUGUCCCAGAUUCUCAGACCCCCUCACUGCUGGGGAUCAUCUCCUCAGCACCAGCCUUGAAAUUUCCCCCCUUGCUCAAUUCAUCCCAUUGGCUCCUGUUGCUCCCUGGUGCCUUCAAUGAUUUCCUGCCCUUCUGGGGUUUGUACACUUCACACUGGGUCAUGGCUCCUUGCUGUAGCCACAAACUGCAACGCCUGCCUUUGUGCAGACAGCCUCCCUGCAACCCCUUGGGUGCCAGAGAUCGGCUUGGGCCUUGGGCCCUCCG